AUGCAGAGAAAUACCUACCAAGACGCCAAAGCAAUAUUUGGAGAUUCCCCAUACCAAGGUGUCAAUGGAUUUGGAUGCAAUCAUGACGCACUAGCCCACCAACCCUUGGCCUACCUGGAGAGUCAGAGCAACUUGAAGGAGUUGGAUUGCUCUUCGCAGUCAAAUGGCAACAGCAAAUCACAGCACCCACAGCACCCAAAAGAGCGUGAACCUAACUCAAAUUCUACCUUCACCAAAAGCAUCUUCCCGUGGAUGAAGAAGUUGACAAUGCAGAACUGUAUAAAGAACAACGGAGACAAACCCGUAGAAGUAAAUGGUGUGUAUUCAAAUGCGUAGCCAAUGGACAGUAUAAUUCCGAUUUAGGCCUACAAAUAAUACUUUUUUAAGCUUGAUAAAUGCUAAUAUUAUUAUGUGAUUACGACCAAUGGGCGUUGGCUAAUUGUAUUUCCAGUUUCGACAGAAGCUUAAAUGUUGAUAUAAUGUAAUGUAAUAUAGCCUAAUGUUGAUAAGAUUUUGUUUAGGUACUGUAGGCCUAUUCAAUUGAUGAAUUAUAUUACAUUUCAUUUUCUCUCGGCAGAACUCUUUGGUGACGAGGAAAGCCCAACAACUGCAGCCUCCAAAAGGGCGCGCACUGCAUACACAAGCGCCCAGUUGGUAGAGCUUGAGAAGGAGUUCCACUUCAAUCGUUACCUUUGCCGCCCCAGGCGCGUGGAGAUGGCUAACCAACUCAGUCUAAAGGAGAGGCAGAUCAAAAUUUGGUUUCAAAAUCGGAGAAUGAAGUGCAAGAAACAUGAAAAGUUUAAAGGACUGUGCUCCUCUUUAGGUAGCCCUGGAACUCUUACCAAUCUUGGUUAUAUUAAUGCAAUGGGGGAUGAUUAUGACACUGUUUCUCCGCCAUCUUUAAAGCUUCAACAAAACGAUUAUGUCAGUGCAUCAGUCUAUCCAAACUCAAUGAAAGCCCAACAGAAAUAUGCCAAUACAACCCCAGAAUAUGCUCCUUGCAGUAGGCAGGACAAUUAUAGUAUGUUUUCCAUUCAUUAUGCUCAAGCUGACCCUGUUCAUGUUGACGUGAACUUGCCAUUCACUGCAUACGGGGUAAAUAACCAGUGUAAUCAUACUGCACAGAUGACGUCAAGCCAACAACAUCCUAAACCUACACUAUGUGAUCCAAACACAUCAUACCAUCAUUCUUCUCAAGAAUGA